AACAAUCAUUCAUGUAAUGACGCCCAACUAGAAAACAAAAUCUAAUUGCACGUUAAAACUGUGUGUGUGAAGAAGCACGAUCUAUUCCAAUUUUCAUAACCUUCCCAGACAAACAAACGAACACGGUCUUUCUCUCUGUAUAUUUCAUUUCUCCGCGUGAUCAGAGAAAGAAAGGUCGAAUGGCGACGAGGUACUGGGUAGUGUCUCUCCCCGUUCCGAAUUCCGCAUCCACUCUGUGGAACAAAUUGCAGGAAGAAAUCUCCAAACACUCCUUCGACACACCUCUUUACAGAUUCAACAUUCCUAAUCUCCGCGUCGGAACCCUAGACUCUCUCCUCUCUCUCAGCGACGAUCUCGUCAAGUCGAACAACUUCGUGGAGGGAGUGUCGCACAAGAUCAGGCGACAGAUUGAUGAUCUGGAAAGAGUGUCGGGCGCAGUGACCAGUAGUUUGACGGUGGAUGGAGUCCCUGUUGAUUCGUACUUGACGAGGUUUGCUUGGGAUGAAGCCAGGUACCCGACUAUGUCGCCGUUGAAGGAGACUGUGGAUGGGAUUCAUGGUCAGGUGGCAAAGAUUGAGGAUGAUCUCAAGGUUCGUGUUUCUGAGUAUAACAAUAUCCGCAGUCAGCUUAAUACCAUCAAUAGAAAGCAAACUGGAAGCUUAGCUGUGCGUGAUCUUUCCAACUUGGUAAAACCUGAGGAUAUUAUAACAUCAGAAAAUUUAACUACCCUACUUGCUAUUGUUCCAAAGUAUUCACAGAAGGAUUGGCUCUCAAGCUAUGAAACAUUGACCAACUAUGUGGUUCCCAGGUCUUCCAAGAAGUUGUAUGAAGAUAACGAAUAUGCUCUUUAUUCUGUAACACUAUUCAGUCGUGUUGCAGACAAUUUUAGAACUAGUGCACGAGAAAAAGGGUUCCAAAUUCGUGAUUUCGAAUACAGUCCUGAAUCACACGAGAGUCGCAAGCAAGAGUUAGAGAAAUUGAUAGAUGACCAGGAAAGUUUGAGGUCCUCUCUGUUGCAGUGGUGUUAUGCUAGUUAUGGAGAGGUUUUCAGCUCCUGGAUGCACUUUUGUGCAGUACGUGUAUUUACUGAGAGCAUUCUGAGAUAUGGUCUUCCACCAUCUUUCUUGGCAUGUGUUUUAGCUCCAUCAGUCAAAUCUGAGAAGAAAGUACGCUCUAUCCUUGAAGGGUUGAGCGACAGCACAAACAGUGGUUACUGGAAGACUGAGGAUGAUGGGGUUGGGAUGGCUGGCCUUGUAGCAGGUGAUGGUGAUGCCCACCCUUACGUCUCGUUCACUAUCAAUCUUGUUUGAGCGCACCCAGAAACGAGCCCUAUCUUCUUUCAGGGUCAGGAAGGAUUCCUUUGUAUAUUAGGGUCAUGUUCCAUUCAUUUCUUCUUUUUUUCCAUAUAUAUAAUAUAUAAUUUGAGCGUAUUCAAGUUUCCAGAAGGAUAUGGUGAAUUUAAGUGGUCUUAUGGUACCAAGUUUUGAUCAUUAACUUGUAUUGAGUUAUUUCUUCAUGUUUUCUCGUCUAUGAUCAUGUAACUAGAGAAGUUACAGUCUUUGUAUUUCUUGGUAGCAUAUCUACAUAAUACUUUGUUUGUAUCUUGAGACUAAUAUAUAUCCAUUUGUUUAUACU